ACUGAUCGUCCACCGCCAUGAGCAUGAUGGAGGUGUGCGGAUCUCCAAGUGUUACUCUGAGAGAGUUUGGUUGUGAACAGAGUUUACUGUCUCGACCUGACGGGUCAGCGUCUUUCAUUCAAGGAGACACAAGUGUGUUGGCUGGAGUGUACGGACCAGCAGAGGUCAAAAUCAGUAAAGAAAUCUAUGACCGGGCAACGCUAGAAGUGUUGAUACAGCCCAAAGUGGGACUGCCAAGUGUAAAGGAGCGGUCACAAGAGCAAUGUGUGCGGGAAACCUGCGAAGCAUCUCUACUUUUGUCACUUCAUCCUCGCUCCUCCCUCACACUCAUUCUUCAGCUGAUACAUGAUGAUGGUUCACUCUUGUCCUGCAUUUUGAAUGCUGCCUGUAUGGCUCUUAUGGAUGCGGGCCUGCCUAUGAGUUGCCUGUUCUGUGGAGUGACAUGUGCCAUCGACGCAGAUGGUCAAAUCAUCAUAGACCCCACUGCGGCUCAGGAGAAGGAAAGCCGAGCUUUGAUGACCUUUGCUAUUGACAGUACAGAACGCAGAGUAAUUAUGUCAUCAACCAAAGGAUCUUUUUCAGUUCUUGAGCUGCAGCAGUGUAUAGCAGUCAGUCAGAAAGCAUCAGAGAAAAUCUUUCAGUUCUACAGAGACUCGGUCAGGCGGCGAUACUCCAAAACCCUCUGAAGAAGAAGCAGCAGCUCUCUCUUUUUUUUAGUCUUUUGAAAAAGCAAUGAAUACAAACACCAAUGUUGUAAUGAAAUAUUUAGUAACCACUUUGGGCCACCUUUGCUUCAGCUCAGUUGUAGUUAGCUGUGCUGUGGUUGAAGUGAGGUUUACAGUUGAGCAUUUGUGAGAAGACCAGAUUGAACUGUCAAGUCAGGGUGCAAAAUAAAAAAGAGGAAAGAUGAAUGUUAAACAA